GUGAGUGUACAUCUAAACAGCAUGUCUGAGAAUUUUACUCUGGAUUUAACAACAGUUCUCAUUGUUCUAGUGUUUAUUGUUCUACUGAAAAUGAAAAUAGAUGAGGUUCGCGAAGAACAAAGAAAUUUCUUGAGAAAUAGUAAAGUUCCUCACCCAGCGAACUUCUUCAUGAAGUUCAAAUAUUGUAGUAAAAAAUUAGAUAUUCAAGAUUAUGAUAAAAGACUUAAUGCUGUGACUUCAUCAGUAUCAUCUUCUAUAUCAAAUCAACGAAGUUUUUCAGGAAAACUAGGAGAUUAUGAAGAUAAGAAUAGAGCUAUUAAUAGGAAAAAGAAUGAAAGCUUAAUUAGCAACACUGAUAAUGAGAAGAUCGAAGGUGAUAAUGAAAUUGAAGAAGCUGACGAGAUAAUAACAGACUUCUUAGAAAAAGCUGUUGAAUGUUCAAAAUCAUCGAAAACUCUUUGUUUAGUAUAUAUAAAACAAUAUCCUAAUGGUGAUAUAAUUGACUUUUGUUUAUGUUCAUCCUUUUCAGAAGGCUUUCAAGAUCAAUAA